AUGCUUCGCCGUCCUUCGACCAGCGCAUCAGGGCUCCUGGGAUUCCAGUCCCGGUUGUGUCCCCGAUCGCUGCUGCGGACGUCUUGCGGGCAUGAUGUCUUUACUCGGCUUCAGAGCACUUCGAGUGCGGACGAUGAUCAACCACACUACCGUCAUGAUAAUUACGAGCGCCGAUGGAACUGCCGCCCGCAAAGACAGAAGCGACCGUCGCCAAGUCAACGCGUUACGCUCAAGACGGAGGUGCUUGGAGAACACAAGGAGGUUGUGGUCGUACCGCAACGCAGCCGCCGCAAGAAGCGCCAGCGCGACCCUCCACCGGUGGCAGCGAAUGACGAUACGGAAAGACCAACGCUUCAUUCCAUACUUGGCGAUUUAGAAGAAGAAGCUUCGCCACUUGUCGAUGGUGCCGUCAGGGAGCGAAUUGAGGGCUGUCGCGGGUUGUUCGACGUUGGUCAGAAGGUGUCAGUCCCCGAUUGGAAAGACAUACGGUUAAACCUGUCGUCGUCCUUUACGCGGAAACAACUUUUGGAAUACCUCGCAGAGUACGCACCCCGUGCCUCGGGAGAUGACGGCAGUUCGCGACACGCGUGGGCCAGUGCAUGGAAGCCCGGGACCUCUGUGUUCAUCAGCACCGAAGCAAGAACUGGCGAUCGUGCCUCCGAUCGAAUUGCGGCAUCCAAGGAGCUGAAAGGGAAGGCUCUUUUAGCUGAACGAAUCCUUCGGGACUGCUGGCAGAUGUCCACGAUCAACGAGGUUGGCCAGGUGGACAUUCGCUUGCCGGCCCCAUUUAUUUGUUUGCUUUUGAAUGCAGAGCACUUUUCUUUCGACAACCUGGCCAAUCUCCAUGAUGCCAGCAUCGAUGUUACGCAAUCCCUGGGUCUGGUGAGAGUCGUUGGCAAGCAAAGCGCUUGUGAGCAUAUCCGCGAGACCAUUCUGGAUGUCACUACCCGAAUUCGUGAUGAAGAUGUUGAUUUGGGUCAUGACGUUGCGGAAGCUGGCAACCUAUUCAGACAGGACUUCCUGGAGUGGGUCAAUCGGACCUACCAGGUGGCCGUGGAGCACGAAUUGAACGUCCCAAGAAAGAUCAUCUAUCUGGCCGAGAACAAAUCGGGCGCAGAUAAUGCUCGGAGAACAUUGAACCUUGCGAUCAAUGCUACGGCACCCACAUUAAUACCUUUCUCGACCUAUUUGCCCUCCUCAGAGCCGGCCAGCGCUUAUAGUUUCGACCCCGAGGCCAAUGUGUCGUGGUUCGAUCGACAGAAGCAAUGGUUUCGUUGGGCCUUGUCAUCCGCUCAAGCCAUGGAGGCCGAGAAGCUUGCGACCCCGUUCUUUGACAAACACCAGUCUCAAUUGUCUGACGAGCUGCUAAAACUUCUUCGGCUUUCUUCGGUGCCCACGACGCGCGGGGCCAGUAUCCAUGAAUCGAUAACGGCAGCUGUCGGGAAAUGUCUUUUUAUGCGCAAAACCCCUUCCCUCACCGAAGCACCCAUCAAUGCCUCCCAACUCGGCCGAAUGGCUCUUCCGCGCACCUUUAUGGCUGCAGUACCCCGCGCUGCAUCUUUUCUUGACACAUUGUCUCCGAUCGGUCUCGGCGAAGGUGACGAGCCGUAUCGAAUCCGUUUGACACCGACGUCUAAGAGCGCCGAUUCUUUGCCGCCACUUGAUAUUGGAUUUGAUGUGAAUAUCAAACUUACCGGGGAUAUGGAACAGGCUGAAGUCGAUCUUGAAAUCCGCAGUGUGAAAGCCAUCCUCAUGAAUAAUAGCGUCGACUACUUGCUUCCUGAAAACGGUCUGGAUCUUCGAUUUACUCGUCACGUCUACCGUGACCUUCUGGCAGGCUCCGAGAACCCUUAUGGCUUUCUGAGCCACCAAGCGAUGUUGCAGAGCAUCAAGACGUCGCUACAGGGCCUCUUCAACCCCAUUACUAGCAAGAAAUCAGUGGUGCUACCACCAUUCUGUCAUAUCAUGCUGCCGCGUGAAUUGCUUAAACCAGAAAUUUCUGAGGAGAUGACUGAUCAGGGAGGCCAUGAUCCUGAGGACCACAUCUCCGCCGAAUACAUGCUUCCUCCAUUCAACGAUACGCAAAGCAUUGCUCUUCAGCACUUUGAUUUCCAGGGCCGCCAGUUAACUAGCCGCUUCUACGGUGGUGGACCAUUCCUUGCAGCUCAGGCAACUGAUCUCUUCGUGGAAAUGAAGAUCCCGCAAAGGCAGCCCACAUCCGAACCUGAUGAUGUGCUUCAGGAGACCCUUGAUCGGGAUUUCCACUCGUUCUACAACACCGCCUGUGACAUGGCCUUUGAAGUCCACCGGACCCAGCCAGCAGAGGAGGAGGAGCAUAUUUGA